AUGAAGAACCUCGACUUGUACCUCCUGUUUAUAGCGCUACCCAUCGCCUCAUUCUCUGAGUUGUUCUUCUUCUGGUCGUUCUCGGGUCACCCGACUUACCAAUUUUCCUUCUUCCAGCAAUCAGCGACUGUUUUCCUCUUCUGGAUAUUGCUUAUUUUGAUUAUUAUCGGGGAAAAAACUGAUCCUUUUCUAUUCAAUGAGAGUUUCAUUUUCAUUUUCGCCGGAGUUGCUUUUCUUAUUGACUAUUAUGUGAUGGGCAGUGGAAUCACGGGUCUUGGUGGUGUUGUUUACGAUCUAUUAGGUGAAGGGACCUGGUUUCUGCAAGCGGGAUUGAAUUUGUUCACUGACACAUUUGCGAUGAGGGGUUGUCAUAAGAUGGUGGCAUCGCCUGGUACUGGAAAUGUUGAUGUGCUGUGUGAUCUUGAUGGUGAUGGUUUGAGAGGGGUGGUGCUGGUGAAUCUGUUGUUUGUUUGUCAUGCUAUUGUUGUCUUGAUUGCGAGUUUCGUUUCGUUUGGGCUGUUGUCAAGUUAUAGAAAUUUGAGAUGUGGCGAGGCAAGCGGUCCUUUGCUAGCACAGCUGGAAUGA